AUGGAAGCACUCGUUCUGAAGUCGCUCGAGAAGUUACGCAAGGCGUGUACCCGUAACCAUCGGGAGUUACGGGAUUUAAUUGAUGCAACUCAAGCCAAGGUUACGGUUACAAGUCAAGAGGGUACACUAAAGGUACCCUUUGAACCAUUUCUCUUGGCCUGUCUGACCCGCUAUGCAAAGCUUGUGGUUGUGGGUUUGGACUGUAUGGAGAAAUUUCUGGCCUUUGGGUUCCUGGAAGAAGCGGGGAAAAUUCCUAAAAGGGUUCGGCGAUGGUUAGGGCAAAAGACAACAGCUGGUUUUGGCAAUAAUGGUCGUUGGUCCGGGUCUGGAAAUGGGUCGAGUCCUCUAAGGAGUAAUAAUAAUCGCGAUGCAAGUGAAGAAAAAGAUGAGCAUGAAGAGACAUACAGACUUAUCGACUGUAUUGUUGAAGUGGCGUGUGAUUGUAAUGAUCAUCCAGAUGAAGGAGUUCAAAUUCAAGUGCUGCGAGUGUUAUUAACGGCUGUGACGACACCGACGUGUGAAGUACAUGAACAUGCAUUAUUAAGAGCCGUGAGAGCUUGUUAUCAUGUUCAUUUGGUGAGCAAAAGUGCUACCAAUAAAAUGGUAGCAAAAGCGACAUUGCAGCAGUUAAUUAGCAUUGUAUUUCAAAGGAUGGAGACAUUUGAUCAACGUGUGGAAGAAGAGACGAAAGUUACGUUACAGGCGUCUUUGGAUAAACAAAAACAAGAACAACACACUCAACAAGGAGAAGAGAGAAAAGAAUGCGAGCAGGAAGCAAGACAAGAGCAACACGAAAUAAAUGAGAGUGAGAGUGAUAAAGACAAUAUUGACCAAACGCAGCGUAAAGACCCGACGGCUGCUUUUUAUCCGUCGGUUGCAGCUGCACUUCAGCUCCCUCGCACUUCCGAUCACCAGGAAAUACUGGCAAACUCGUCUGCGACGAUUAUAAAAGAUAGAAAAAUGGCGACACUAUCACCACCAGUGUCUGCCGCCGCGUUCCCGUCCGUGCUACACAAGGACGCAUAUUUGCUGUUCCGUUCGCUUUGCCGAAUUUCAAUGCGAUCAGUUGCUGAUGAUUUUCCGGCAGCUAAUGGUGUGAACGGCUCCGUUGGUGAAGACGCAGGAAACGGUGUUAUGCCCGAAGACCCUUUUGCUUUCCAGAGUAAAAUCUUAUCGCUGGAAUUGGUGAAGGAGAUCGUGGAGAAUGCUGGGCCAUCGUUUAGACGUGGUGAGCGAUUCGUGCGUGCCAUUCGACAAUGUUUAUGCCAAUCGUUAUUGCAAAACUGCACAAGUAACUACACGCAGAUCGUAUCAUUGUCACUGCAGGUUUUCUUGGUGCUACUACGCAACUUUAAGCGCCAUCUCAAGACAGAGUUGGAUAUCUUCGUCACAAGUAUAUUUCUGCGCCUGUUACAGUCUGAGAACGCCAGCUUUGAACACAAACUUCUGGUAUUGGAGGCAUUGCAUACGAUCUGUGAGGAUCCGCAAACUCUAAGUGAAAUUUUUAUUAACUACGAUUGCGAGUGGAAUACCAACGAUUUAUUCAAGCAGAUUGUGCACGCACUUGCCAAGGCCGCUAAGGGUGGUCGCUCUCAAGACACUGCAGCUCAACAGUAUGCUGCCAGUUUGUCCACAAGUGCACGCUUGAAGAUGCAGCAACAGGAUACUGCCCUCGCUCUCAAGGGUCUUGAAUGCCUUACCGCCAUUACUGCAUCGUUGAAGAAGGCCGCAAAUUUUGUCGAAAUGGAACGACAGUCUUCUUUUCAGCUUGAAGGAGAGGAGCCUCACAGUAUCGAAAACUGUGGAGAUGAAGACAAUGUCGCCCCGCCGGACUUGGCUCCAGUCGUCUCAUCUACGAUGUCGGCAGUUGAGGCCUUUGCAAGUAAAAAGAAGCGCCAAGAAGAGAUGGCCACAGGUGUUCUCAAAUUCAACGUGAAGCCUAGUGCUGGUAUCGCGUAUCUUGUUGCCCAUGGACACAUGGGUGAAGGCUCACCACGUGAUGUCGCAACUUUUCUACACACGCACAACAAUAAGCUGGAUAAGACAAUGGUGGGCGACUACCUCGGAAAUGGUGUUCAUUACCAGGGAGGAUUUUGUGUGAAAGUACUUCAUGAAUACGUGGAUAUGAUGGAGUUUACCGGCUUGGAGAUCGAUGUGGCCAUUCGUCACUUUCUUGCUGGUUUUCGUUUGCCUGGUGAAUCGCAGAAGAUUGAUCGAAUGAUGGAGAAGUUUGCGGAACGGUUUUUCAAUUCUUGUCCGCCUGGAUUAUUUCCUAGCGCAGACACAGCUUUCAUCCUAGCGUUCUCUAUCAUCAUGCUGCAGACAGAUCUGCACAAUCCAAGCAUCGCGGAGGAGAAAAAGAUGGACAAGGCUGGAUUCCUACGCAACAACCGUGGUAUCAACGACGGCAAGGAUUUGCCGGAGGAUUACAUGGGCGCUAUCUUUGACCGUAUUAAAGCGGCACCUAUUUCACUAAAGGAAGACGACGACUUUCGUACACGUCGUGGUGGAGCACCUACUGCUGCGAGCUCUUUGUUUGGAGCUUCUGGCGCAGCUACAGAUCGCAUGCGACGUGAUGCUUACAUUAAAGAGCGUGAGUCGAUGGUGCGUCAGUCUGAAGCUCUCUUUAAGCGUCGUAUACCGGCAUCAGCGCGAGGGCAACAAGAGUUUUCCCUAUCUCCUCGUAGUAAUCGGCCGAGUGCAUCUACCACGUCAAGCCCAGGGGAGUCACAGCGAAAUGGCGAUGCUUCAUCGUCGCACUUGACGCCAGAUCCUUCGUCGUCCGCGUUUCGAGAAGUCUCAGGAUACAAUGAGCGCUCUCACGUGCGCCCUAUGUUUGAUACGCUCUGGGCCCCGCUUUUGGCAGCAUGCUCGGUGACCUUCGAAAGUUCUGAGUCGGCAGAAUCCAUCCAGCUCUGCCUUGAUUCAUUUCGGCAUGCGGUGCAUCUUUCUGCUAGGCUGGAUAUGCCAGCGGAACGGGACGCCUUCGUAAUGGUGUUAACCAAGUUUACCGCGUUACACACAACAAACGCACGAUUGAUGCGAUCAAAGAACAUGGAGGCGAUCAAGGCUCUUAUUUCAAUUAGUGUGAAGGAGGGAAAUUACCUUGGUGAUUCAUGGCACGACGUCCUCCAGACCAUUUCACAGCUCGCUCGAAUUCAGUCACACGCUCAGGGUAUGCCUGAGCGUUCUGUGCCAGGGUCACUUUCCGGUGAUUCAUCCUAUUUUACCCGACAGCCUUCACCUGGCGUGGGUAGCUAUUCUAGCUCCCGCAAUAAAAGCAGUAAUUCUGCACCUUCGUUCAGCAUGCUUGGCUCUUCAACGAGCCUUAAGCGUGGUGGGUUAGGAUCGUCGUCUCCAUCUCAAUCUUACCGUGAAAUCGGUGGUCGUGGGGGUGGCUCUGAACUAGACGAGGCCCAAGUUGAAGACGAAAAUGCUGCACGCGUGCUAAAAGAGAUUGACCAGCUGGCAAGCGAUCGUGUUUUCUCAAGUUCUGUGUCACUUAGUGACCAAGCUUUGCAGGAGUUUGUCGUACAGCUCACUGUUGUGUCGCUCUCAGAGUGUUCAGGCGUUGGACCGUCUGGUGCUGUAGGCGGCUCCCCUCCUCGUGUAUUCAGCUUGCAGAAGCUUGUCGAAGUAGCUGACAUGAACAUGCGAACUCGCUCUCGUAUGGUGUGGACAGCUACGUGGCAGACUUUAUCGAGACACUUUACCACGGUCGGAUGCCACGAGGACUUGACGGUUGGCAUGUACGCUAUCGAUUCGCUGCGCCAGCUUAGCAUGAAAUUUCUCGAGCGAGCAGAGCUUCGCGAUUUCAACUUCCAGCGGCUGUUCUUGGCACCUUUUGAAGUAAUUAUGGCAAAUGCCACAUCUCUUGAAACCCGUGAGCUGGUUUUGCGCUGUGUUGAGAACUUGGUACUUGCUCGAGUUGGCAACAUCCGUUCCGGAUGGAAAACAAUUUGGGGUGUGCUUCGUAUAGCAGCCGAGACGUAUGCGCCUGGCAGCGAAGACCGAGUGGUGCUAUUAGGGUUCCAGGUCGCCCGCGGUGUGUUGGAGCGUCAUUUUGACUGCAUCGUUGAUGUGUUCAUCGACGUUGUGGACUGUCUUCUCGCUUUUGCAGUUUGCGGUUGUGAGGAUAUUGAGCGCGAGAUGGAGGAGCGACUUGCGCUCACACAGUUAGGAGUAGACAGCAUUGGCCUUCUACGAAGUGUCUGCAUUGAAAAGUUAGCGACUGGAGAGGUCAUCGAACCACUUACUGCUCGUGAAACGGCGGGAUCCCUUUCAAUUGCUUCAGUUCCUGCAGCAGCCGGUGUAGUUGCUGCGGCCAACCAGGCGGCUCUUGUCGAUUUUAAGACACUCAAGGUAUUGGACGAAGAUCCUAUCGAUGAAGCUAGCACGGCUGAUGGCGUUCAGUCGCCAGCUUCAGUGCAUCAACAGAAACAGAAUUCUGUAAGCUCACUAAAGGAAGAGGUGGACAAGCAGGUAUCAACGCCUGAUUCUACUGCAUUAUCGACUCGUGAAAGAGCUAGUUUUCUGGAGGCACAGGAGGAGGACAAGUAUCUUGAAAGCGGCGAGGCGGCAUACAACGACUCCGUUGCACAUAUGCGGAUGUGGUGGCCUGUGCUCUCAGCUCUAUCUACGCUUGCUGCUGACCGUCGUCUAGACGUGCGUCUCGCAGCACUGGAAGCGCUCUUUAACGCGUUAGAGACUCACGGCAAGAAGUUUUCAUCUGGUCUGUGGAGUUUGAUCUUCAAAGAUGUCCUGAUUCCCCUCUUGGACGAGUUGCACCACCUCGAGGUGAUUGUGGAGAAGGGUGCAUUCAUAUCGCCCAAGCUACCGUUGCCACCGACGCUCAAUUCGUCUGGUCACUUGUCUCACUACACCGCUGGUAAAACCACUGCAACGCUGUGCCUCGAGCGGCUGCUAGAGUGCUUCGGACUUUUUUCUGAUAUUGUGGGGUUCCUACCUGACGUUCUCUUUUUAUUGGGCAAGUGCAUGGAUGCUGGUGCUGUCGACGACCAGCUUGCAGUAGCGUCACCACGUGCGUUCGAGGCCAUGUUGGUCUCACAUGGACAUAAAUUUCCCACGGGUGUCUGGGGUCUCAUUGUUGAUGAACUGCGCAAUAUUAUGAAGCGUGCCGAACCAACGUGGAUAUUCUUUGCCUUGCCUCGUGAAGAGGAAGCUAAAGAAGAGGAAGCUGAAAUUCUUGAACCUCACAUCGAUUCUUGUGGCAAAAGCCUUUCCAAGCUGCAAAGGUCAUCGUUAUCUUCAUCAACGGCAGCAUCUGUUGUCAUGUCACCUCAUGAACCUUCACUUCUGGGUAUGUAUUCAGGGGUCGUGGCGACUUUGGGUUUCAUGUUUGCUACAAGCUUUCCACCAAAGGUGAUCAGCGCUGAAGAGGUAAAAGCCCAGCGAAAACCGUCACGCACCCACUUGGCUGUUCUAUUGGCUUUGCAGCGAUUAGCAGGAAAUGUGCUUGUUAGCCGUCGCAGGGACAAUCUGUCAAUUAGCAUCGGUCAUGCUCGCUCGCUCUUAUCUUGUCUACGUGAGAGCUUCGUAUUUGCACGCAAGGUUAACGAUGCGGUGCCACUGCGGCGUUAUCUGCAGCGCGUUGGAUGGCGCUAUGGUAGGACAAUGCCAUCAUCUACUGAGCUCCCUAGUUUGUUACCGCAAGAAGUAAUGGGCAAGCAGCAGUAUCUUCAAGUGUUGUUUACUGCUCUCACUCGAGGCAUAGAUAACAAUGAUCUUGAGGAGCAGGAGGAGGCUCGCGGGUACAUGGCGCGAUUAGUACAAGACACACUUGAAGAAUAUCUGGCCUGGACAGGUGUAGCUCCGCAGCAUAUCGAGGACGGAAAAGUAGUACCUGCCGAUGCAAAACAACGGGUGGAGAGUUUUACGCCUCUAAUUGUUGCGACACUGAGGGGGAUAGCUGCGUUUGACAACACCGAGCUACAAUGCCACAUGUCAUGGUUGUAUCCGCUUUUAACAGAGCUCAUGUUGGUACCAAAUGUCGAGGUACGAGGAGCACUCUCGAACGUGUUUAGCAAAGCAGUACGACAAUUACUGCUGCCCAUGUAA